GAUGCGCGUUCACUGAGCCGGAGGAAGGAGAACCGCCGUCUUUUCCUCCACUGCGCCUCACUUGUAAUAAGCGCCUCAUCACUAUUUUCCCAGCAUCUCACCGUCCCGGGCAUACUUUAAUUGAAAAUUCUGCAGUUUUCGAAUGGGAUUUUGUUCUGGAUUAUUAUUAUUUGCUACAUUUGCAAUCGGACGUUAACCUUCCGGAGUCAUCUCCCCUGCAUGAAAAGGUCUGUCCAACGUGUGUCUGAAGCCAAUUGUCAAACCAUGGGGCGUGAAACUGGACCAUCCACAACUGUUAUGUGUUUCAAUCCAGGAAGUCGCCUCAAAGAAAAAUCACAAGAUCCAGCUCUGAACCACUGACAAAACACUCCCAAGGAUCACCUUGAUCAUAGCAUCUUCCCCCAUCCACUUGGUGUGGAAACUGCAUAUCUUCCCUUAUAUCUCUCUGUGUACUUGGCUGACAAUAUUAUAUUCCACCCAUUAUCAACAUUAGAUCUGUGUAUGAAACAACAAAAAGAAAUCGUAUUGUCUGCUUUCACAGUAAAAUAUUCCAUGUGGAAUAUAUUACUUAGUAAAUAAACUGUGGAGCAAAACUGUAAUCAAAUGUUAUUAUCACUUUGAGGAUCAAUUCCUAUUUCCUCCUCUAGUGUGCCCUUUUGUUCUCCACAAUGAAUCCUAACAACCUGCCUGGGCAUUUCUUUAUGCUGCUAAGUACCAUGCUGGGCCUGAGCGUAGGCUUGGAGUUUACUGGUUCGGAGGGCCAGUGGGCUCGCUACCUGCGUUGGGAUGCCAGCUCCAGAAGUGACCUGACAUUUCAGUUGAAGACCUCAGAACCGGAAGGUCUGCUGCUCUACUUCGACGAUGGCGGAUACUGCGACUUUCUGCUCCUCACUGUAUCCGAGGGUAAGCUGCAACUUCACGUCAGCAUCGACUGUGCAGAGACCACCAUCACCUCUGAUAAAAUGGUCAACGACAGCCGCUGGCACUUCGCUGCCAUCAACAGGCAAAAUUUGCGGACUGGCUUAGCGGUGGAUGGCCAGACCAAGACGGGGGAAGUCCGGCCCCAGCGGCAGUUCAUGAAAAUUGUUAGUGACCUGUUUCUGGGAGGGCUACCAGGGGAUAUCCGUGCAUCUGCCAUCACCCUGCCUUCUGUCCAUGAGCUUCCACCAUUCAAAGGAAUUAUCACCGACCUCAGUUAUGGGAGUAAGCUGCCCACAUUAAUCGAUAGUCAGAAAGUACGCUUGGAGAUGAUGGGCCUUUGCACAGAGAGCCCCUGUGAGAACGGUGGGAUCUGUUCUGUGGCAGAUGGAGAAACCUACUGUGACUGCUCCAAAACUGGAUAUGUAGGUCGAUACUGCACUGAAGCAGUCCAGAGAAAACCAGGCCUCGCACACCUGAAGGCAGAACAAGGUAGAAACAAAGCGAGGGAGGAAAAUGUGGCCACCUUCCGUGGUUCAGAGUACUUCUGCUACGACUUGUCGCAGAACCCGAUCCAGAGCAGCAGCGAUGAGAUCACUCUGUCCUUCAAGACCUGGCAACGUAACGGCCUCCUCCUCCACACAGGGAAGUCCGCAGACUAUGUCAACCUGGCGCUAAAAGACGGGGCGGUUUCCCUCGUCAUCAAUCUGGGUUCCGGUGCAUUCGAGGCCAUCGUGGAGCCAGUCAAUGGCAAAUUCAAUGACAACGCCUGGCAUGACAUUAAAGUGACUCGCAACCUGAGACAGCAAUCAGGCAUUGGACACGCUAUGGUAAACAAACUACAUUGUCUGGUGACAAUCUCCGUCGAUGGGAUCCUAACAACCACUGGCUACACCCAGGAAGACUACACCAUGCUGGGCUCUGAUGAUUUCUUCUAUGUGGGUGGGAGCCCCAGCACUGCUGACCUGCCAGGAUCUCCAGUUAGCAACAAUUUCAUGGGCUGCCUCAGAGAGGUGGUGUAUAAGAACAACGAUAUCCGGUUGGAGCUCUCUCGUCUUGCCCGCAUUGUUGACCCCAAGAUGAAACUCCAAGGCGACAUUGUCUUUAAGUGUGAAAACGUUCCCACCCUCGAUCCCAUCAACUUUGAGACCCCAGAUUCCUACCUUCCUUUGCCAAAAUGGAACACCAAACGUGUGGGCUCCAUCUCCUUUGACUUCCGUACCUCUGAACCCAACGGGCUUAUCCUCUUCACCCAUGGUAAGCCCCAGGACCGGCGGGAUGCGAAGGGCCAGAAGAACAACAAGGUGGACUUCUUUGCAGUGGAGCUGCUGGAUGGAGGGCUGUAUCUACUGCUUGAUAUGGGCUCUGGAACCAUCAAAGUCAAGGCCACCCAGGCUAAAGUCAACGAUGGCGUCUGGCACCAUGUGGAUAUCCAAAGGGAUGGUCGCUCAGGGAUAAUCUCAGUAAACAGCCGCAGGACACCUUUCACAGCCAGCGGGGAAAAUGAGAUCUUGGACCUGGAAGGAGACCUGUAUUUGGGUGGUCUUCCUGACAGCCGAGCUGGUUUGGUGCUCCCUACCGAACUCUGGACUGCUAUGCUCAACUACGGCUAUGUGGGCUGCGUGCGGGAUCUGUUCAUCGACGGACGCAGCAAAGACAUCCGGCAGAUAGCUCAGUCGCAGAAUGUGACUGGCAUCAAGUUCUCAUGCAGUAAGGUGACGGGGAAGCAGUGCGACAGCAACCCCUGCAAGAACAACGGGGUGUGUAAGGAAGGAUGGAACCGGUUCGUCUGCGACUGCACCGGGACUGGUUUCUGGGAUAGUACCUGUGAGAGAGGUUAA